AUGGCAGUAGGAAAAAAUAAAAGAACAUCUAAGGGAAAAAAAGGUGGAAAAAAAAAAGUUACAGAUGUUUUUACCAAAAAAGAAUGGUAUGACUUAAAGGCCCCAAAAAUGUUUUUGGUCAGGAAUUUUGGUAAAACCUUAGUCACAAAAACGAUAGGAAAAAAAUUGGCCACUGAUAGUUUGAAGGGAAGAAUUUACGAAGUAAACUUGGCCGACCUAAACAACGAUGAAGACCAAGCCCAUAAGAAAAUCAAAUUAAGUUGUGACCACAUCAUUAACAGAGAUUGUUAUACCGACUUUUGUGGAUUAAGUAUAACCAGAGAUAAAUUAUGCUCUUUAAUUAGAAAAGGAUAUACAUUAAUAGAAGGACAUACAGAUGUAAAAACUUUAGAUAAUUACCAUUUAAGAAUGUUUUGUAUUGCUUUUACCAAAAAAAGGCAAAACCAAACGAAAAGCACUUGUUAUGCUCAAACAAGUCAAAUAAAAAAAAUCAGAAAGAAAAUGGUUGAUAUUAUGACUGCUGAAGCUAGUAAAGUUUUAUUAAAAGAUUUAGUCAAGAAAUUUAUUCCUGAAUCUAUUGGAAAAGAAAUUGAAAAACAAUGUAAGAAAAUAUAUCCUUUACAAAAUGUUCUUAUUAGAAAAGUCAAAAUUCUUAAAAGACCUAAAUUAGAUAUUUCCAAAUUAAUGGAAUUACAUACUGACCCAAAAGAAGAAUCAGGAAAAAAUGUAAACGCUCUACCAGAAUCUAAGGAAGCUACGAACAUCUUAACAGCUGAAUUGAAACAUUAA